AUGAAUUUGUUACAUUCUUUUAGUGUUUUUUUGAUUGUGUGUUUGCUGAUUUCUGAAUGUCACGCUGAUGCUAAUGCUAAUGUUAAUGCUAGUUGCAUCGUAUCAAAACUAGCGAUUGAUGCAAGUUCUGGAAGGCAUAUUCCAGAUACAUUGUUUGGAGUAUUUUAUGAGGAGAUUAACCAUGCAGGAGCUGGGGGAAUAUGGGCUGAACUUGUGAGUAAUAGAGGUUUUGAAGCAGGAGCUAGCUCCGAUGGUUCCAUUUAUCCGUGGAAAAUUAUUGGAGAGAAUCAAUCAUCAAUUGUUGUAUCGACUGAUCAUUCUUCUUGUUUUGAACGUAAUAAGGUUGCAUUACGCAUGGAUAUUCUUUGUCAAGGCAAAUCUUGUCCACAAGCUGGUGUUGGUAUCUCCAAUCCUGGUUAUUGGGGAAUGAACAUUGAAGAAGGGAAAACGUAUAAAGUAGUCUUCUAUGUUAGAUCACUUGGUCCAAUUGAUUUACAAGUUUCAUUUAUCGGAUCAGACGAUGGUGCAAAAUUAGGUUCAAAAAAAAUAAUGGCUCAUGGACUUAAUGUUACACAAUGGAGUAGGAUGGAGAGAACAAUUAAGGCUAAAGGUUCGAAUCAUAAUUCAAGUCUACAUAUAACAACAAAAAAUAAAGGGGUAAUAUGGUUAGAUCAAGUGUCAGCUAUGCCUUUGGAUACACAUAAUGGUCAUGGUUUUCGAAAUGAUCUUUUUAAAAUGGUGGCAGAUUUGAAACCAAAAUUUUUCAGGUUUCCUGGUGGUUGUUAUGUUGAAGGAGAUUUUAUAAAAAAUGCCUUUAGGUGGAAAGAUACGGUUGGACCAUGGGAAGAGAGACCUGGUCACUUAAAUGACAUUUGGCAUUAUUGGAGUGAUGAUGGACUUGGUUAUUUUGAGGGUCUACAAUUGUCAGAAGAUCUUGGUGCGUUACCUAUAUGGGUGUUUAAUAACGGUCUUAGCCACCAUGAUGAAGUUGGUCCUUCUUCAAUUCAGCCAUUUGUGCAAGAAGCUCUAGAAGGUAUUGAGUUUGCUAGAGGUUCUGCCACGUCACGAUGGGGUUCUCUUAGAGCUUCCAUGGGACAUCCUCAACCAUUUAAUUUGAGAUAUGUUGCUAUCGGAAAUGAAGAUUGUGGUAAAUUAUACUAUGAAGAAAAUUAUAAGAUAUUUUAUGAUGCUAUAAGGCAUACUUAUCCUGAUAUUCAAAUGAUCUCAAACUGUGAUGCAUCUGAUCUUCCACUAAAGCACCCAGCAGAUAUCUAUGAUUACCAUAUUUAUACAAGUUCUAACGACAUGUUUUCCAAGUAUACCAAGUUUGAUAAGUCACCGCGAUCUGGUCCAAAGGCAUUUGUUAGUGAGUAUGCUGUUUGGAGGGAAGAUGCUGGUCAUGGAAGUUUGUAUGCAGCCGUGGCUGAAGCUUCAUUCCUUAUUGGAAUUGAAAAAAAUAGUGAUGCAGUAAGCCUAGUUUCAUAUGCACCCCUCCUUUCCAACGUAAAUGACAAUGGGUGGAUACCAGAUGCAAUUUUUUUUAACUCUCAUCAAAGUUAUGGAACUCCGAGUUAUUGGCUACAACAACUGUUUAUUGAAUCUAGUGGAGCAACCUUUCUUAAUUCAACUCUCCAAAGUUCAUCUACCUCAAUUGUUGCAUCCGCCAUUCAGUAUAAAAAUUGUAAAGAUGGACACAAUUAUAUAAGAGUAAAAGUAGUAAACUUUGGUAACACUACUGAGAGCUUAGGGAUGUCAAUAAACGGCUUACAAACAAAUGUGCAACCAACUGGUUCUUCAAUGGUGGUACUUACAUCCUCAAAUAAAAUGGACGAGAAUUCCUUCUCGGAGCCAAUGAAGAUUGUGCCUCAACGAUCUUCUCUUGCGAAUGCAAACAAGGACAUGAAUGUUGAACUUCCUCCUUAUUCAGUUACAUCAUUUGAUUUAUUAAUUUAA